UUGCAUUCAAAGCAUUUAAAAGCUGUGGAUGUCUUAGAUGACAAACCAGUAUUUAUUUCUCCAUACCCACAUGGGUAAAACUCUAAAAAACACACAACCCAUUUGGGUGUUUUAUUAUUAGCUCAUGCCUGAGAGCUUGAAGGUGUCAGAACAUAAACCAAGGUAUUAGAAGCUUAGAGAGAGAGAGAGAGAGAGAGAGAGAGAGAGAAGAGGGGGGUUUUAUUAUUCUAGGGUUUAGGAGCUUUGGAAAUGGUGAGAAACUGAAUUGGGUUUCUUCACAUAGUUUGUUUUGUGUUGUAAUGGAUUUGGUGGGAGGUGUGCUUGAAUGGACAAAAACUCAUAAGAAUUGGUCCCAUUUUGAUCACAGAAGAAGACACAACCAAUGUACAAAAACUCCGACAGUUACAUUACAAGAAACAAGAAAACACACAAAUUCUUCAAACAUGGUUCCAAACUAUUGCAAGAUCUCCCCAAUCAUUUCCAUUUUUGUUUUCUUCCUCUUUCUUUUUUCCUCCGUUUGUCCGGUCCUUUCAUCCGAAUCCGACAAUCAUAACCUAGUCAAUCAGACUUUCCAACCCAACAAAGAGUUACAGAACUUGAAGAUGAUUAGAGCUCAUCUAAAAAAGAUCAACAAGCCUUCUCUCAAGACAAUUCAGAGUCCUGAUGGAGAUUUGAUAGAUUGUGUUGAAUCUCAUCUACAACCAUCAUUUGAUCAUCCUCAAUUAAAAGGACAAAAGCCAUUGGAUCCACCAGAGAGGCCAAAAGAUCAUAACCCAACUGAGACCGCCUCGGAAAAUUUUCAGCUGUGGAGCUUGUCUGGUGAAUCAUGUCCCGAAGGAACAAUCCCAAUAAGAAGAACAACAGAACAAGACAUUCUACGAGCUAGGUCGAUACAAAGUUUCGGAAAGAAAAUCAGAAUACGAAGAUUUGGAAGGAGAAUCCGAAGACCUAUUCGACGAGACUCUUCUAGCAAUGGCCAUGAGCAUGCAGUUGGGUAUGUAAGUGGAGAUCAAUAUUAUGGAGCAAAAGCCAGUAUAAAUGUAUGGGCGCCGCGUGUAGCUAACCAGUAUGAAUUCAGCUUAUCACAGAUGUGGGUCAUUUCUGGUUCAUUUGGAGACGAUCUUAACACCAUUGAAGCUGGUUGGCAGGUUAGCCCAGAGCUAUAUGGGGACAACUAUCCUAGAUUCUUCACUUAUUGGACAAUGCAUAUCAAGCAACGGGGUGCUACAAUUUGCUGUGCUCUGGCUUUGUGCAAACUAACAAUAGGAUUGCAAUUGGGGCUGCAAUCUCUCCAAGGUCCUCCUAUAGAGGUGGCCAAUUUGAUAUCAGCUUAUUGGUUUGGAAGGAUCCGAAGCAUGGGAAUUGGUGGCUAGAAUUUGGAUCCGGAACCCUAGUUGGGUAUUGGCCAUCAUUCUUGUUUACCCACUUGAGGAGCCAUGCAAGCAUGGUCCAAUUUGGUGGUGAAAUUGUGAACACUAGGCCUUCGGGUUUUCACACUCCAACCCAAAUGGGUAGUGGGCAUUUCUCUGGAGAAGGGUUUGGGAGAGCAUCAUAUUUUCGAAACCUACAAGUUGUGGAUUGGGACAACAAUUUGAUUCCAUUGUCGAACUUUCGAGUCUUGGCAGAUCACCCAAACUGCUAUGAUAUAAGAGGUGGGAUUAGUCGGGUUUGGGGCAAUUACUUUUACUAUGGAGGACCCGGAAGAAAUCCCAGAUGUCCCUAAAAGGGUAUUAAGGUAAAUGGGUUGAAAAUGUGUUUUUUUUUUUACUUUUAUUUUUCAGGGGUGAAUUGGGUUUCUGCUUCGUUGAGCUUGGAGUUAUUCCUAUAUUAUUUUUGUUAAUUUUAAUAUUUUUUUUCCAAUCUAACAGGUGAUCCAUUAAAUAUACCACCUUUAGGGACUCUUUAUGUAAAUGGGGAAAAGAAAAAGUAAAUAUAGUACUGUUUAUGUUUUCAUCUCUCUCGAUCAAGGAUCAUUUGUUCUCAGA